UAUAGGAAGCAUCAUACCCUCUCGGUACUCACUCUCGACAUUAAUGCGCGGUUCCAUACACGUAUUUACGGCAAAGUUAUCAAGUUGAACUUAAUUCAAAAGUAAUAUUUUUCUAAAUUUCUUUUUUGUUGUUGUUGGAGUGCGUAAUAGUGCAAAUGGAGAUGCUACUUACAUUUUCUUUAGUGCUCUUUUUAAUAGCGUUUCAGCAAUUAUUGGCGACAGAUCCAAUCGAAUUUCACGAAAUCUCUCCAGACAAACAUUUGAACCAGCAGAAAAGACGACUCUCACUGCAAAACACAGCGGAGAUCCAGCACUGUCUGGUGAAUGCUGGGGAUGUGGGCUGUGGCAUGUUCGAAUGCUUCAACAACAACUCGUGUGAAAUCCAAGGCCUACAUGACAUCUGUAUGACAUUUCUGCACAAUGCCGGCAAGUUUGACUCCCAGGGGAAGUCCUUCAUCAAGGAUGCCCUGAAGUGCAUGGCCCACGGCCUGAGGCACCGGUUCAGUUGUGUGAGCAGGAAGUGCCUGGCGGUGAACGAGAUGGUGUUCCAGCUGCAGAGAGAGUGCUACGUCAAACACAACCUUUGUUCUGCUGUCAGGGAGAACGUUAACGUCAUGGUGGAGAUGAUCCACUUCCAGGACCUCUUCCCCAAAGGGCCUCAUGUGGAGCUGGUGAACAUCCUGCUGGGCUGUGGCGAGGAGGUGAGGACGGCCAUAGCACGGAGAGUGAGGAUGCAGUGUGAGCAGAACUGGGGGGCCCUGUGUGGCAGCCUGAGCCUGUGCUCCCUGGGCCACUCAGAUGACCCCCAACACAUCACUGUCCCUCCCGCCACUCUGCAGGGCAGGACCACACUGCCCCCUGCUGGCCAGCUCUCCCUCCCCAACACCGAACAGGACCAACCAAGAACAGACCAGCUAGGAGACGAGGGGAGCCUUCACCCCUCUGAGAGACUCAGUCAGAAUCCCCUGGAUGAUGCCACAGACCCUGGGCUCGCUGUGCCCAGUCAAGCACCCGGUACUGCCGUCCAGGGGUGAAACGGAGCACAAGGUCCCUAGCCUGAACACACAACAGAUUAGCCCUAACCUCUGACCCAUGUUCCCCUCAAACAACCCCACUAGAUGACCUCUGACCCCUCCUUCCCCUCAGCAACCCCACUAGACUCCCUCUGACCCCUCCUUCCCCUCAAACAACCCCACUACAGACAACCUCUGACCCCCUUCCCCUCAGCAACCCCACUACAGAUGACCUCUGACCCCCUGAAACAACCCCACUAGACGACCUCUGGACCCUUCCCCUGAAACAGCCCCACUACAGACGACCUCUGUUGUAAACAAGGAAGAGUAAUGACCCUGUACCAUGCUUCUCCAUUCCUACUCUCCUAAAUGGUACAGGUGAAAGGGUAUGUUUGGUAAAAUGUAGAUUUGAGGCCUUGUUUUUCAGUUCCUUUGUUUUAAUUACAAGUGAUAUUCAAAACAUAUUUUAAAGUAACAUUUAUUUUAUUUGAUUCCUUUUAAAAGUAAAUCAUGGGCAUAUCAAACUUACAGUAAACAAUUUAUACAUAUCCAGAUAUCUAUUAGUUCAGUAAAGAUUUAAGAGCUUGUCACAGCAAGGACUCUAUUGGAGCUGGUUGGAAGUUGUCUUACACUUCUUCCCAAAAUUGUGUUUGCAAUAGUCUAGGUUUAGCUAGACACUGACUUGGUAUUACACGCUCAAAGUUAUGACUUUAUAGUUUGAUAAAAUAGGUUUUAAGGAGACAAUACACUUAAUGAAACCCACAUCUUGGAUGGCUGAAGUGCUCCAGGUCCUAUUUUCUAGGUAUUCAGAAGAUGAGUUAAAUUAGAAGUAAACGGUCUAUUGUGUUCUGUCAACUAGUUUCAAUACUGCAGUUUUAACUAAAUACUAGAGCUACUGUAAAUUAACUUGUGUAGCGCAUAGGUGCUUACGCAAGCUGUUAAUGUUUCUGCUGAAACUAUUUUAUUUGCAGUACAAAAGUGAAUCGUACAACUCAAUGUCACUUCAACUCUGCAAAGAGAAGUCCAUUACUGGCCCAUAUGAUGCAUUGAGUAAUCACACACAUCACAAGUAACAACUUGGCUGACAAGUGGCCCUUCUACCACAAUCAGGAAAGCUCAUUAAAAAAUCUCACAACCAUUAACUCUGCAACAUGGUAAUGCGCGUUCACUCAAAGGCAAACAUCAGGAAACCUCAGGUGUCAUAAAACAAUGAGACCCAUCAAAAUGUAUUAGUUAAAUGGAAUGUGAGUCUUAGACUGUUCUCACUGAGGCCUUCGCUAAUAUGGGUCUACUGCAUUGUACUUCAAUUUUUUUUUUACACAGGAUGACCACAGAAUGUCUUGUCAAACAUUUUCAAAUCUGACAGUUUGAAUGUUUUUACUACUUUUUGAUCCAAAUAGCUAGCUUGUUCUAUAGUAACCUCAUCAAUAGUACGCCAAGGAACCUACCUCGCCUCUCACCAGUCAUGCCAGCUCUAGAGAUGUUUAAUACUGGACACAUUCAGAGGACAUUGAACUGGUAUGAAUACAAGACACUCUGCUAUCUCACACAUUCAUUUUUUUUUUUUUUUACUAUCAUUUUGUACAGUUGGCUUGUAUGAUGUAGAUUUUCUUUUGGUAUGUCCAGUUGUGCAUGUGUAAGAUGAGCAUCAACUGCCCUCUACACAACUUCUGUCAGUACUGUCAGCUACAUGCAAUCAAGUGGAUGACUGCAUUCACAUAGACUCUGUACUUGAAAACAGCAACUUAUUUCUUAUGAAGUUUGUUUGUACUCUGAUUCAAUGUCUGUUAAAGUAUUUAACUUUUAUUUAUUUUGACUACUUUUCUUAAGCUAUGCAUUACCUUUUGUGUUAUUUGUGGUUUAGGGUUAGGCCUUGAUACAAGCAAACUACUUUUUUUUUUAUACAUUUCAUUUAUUUUGGACAUUAAACAUUUCUGAUACUUUGCCUUUUUAAAUCUAGGACAAUGCAUUGUAAUCAUUUUAUAAUCAUAUUGUUGAAUAAAAAAACUAACAAAUUCUA